ACUUAUGUGUGAGUAAGAUCUGAAAAGUAUCCGUCGGUUAUCGUUUUACGCAUUGUUUAAACACAGAUAAAUCAACAUACUAAAUAUAAGCCGUUUAAUGCCAAUCAGAAACGUGAGGAGCCAGAACUUGUUGAUUCUCAACUGUGUUUGAUUAUUGUGUAGUGAAAAACAGGCGUGGAUUUAUUAUGGUGUUCGUAGUGUAAAUGAUCUGGAUUUAAUUUUUUUAUUUAAGUUUGUUUUAUCGUGUUUGUUUAAAAUAGUUAUUGUAAAUAAAUAAACACUGCUGCAAUUAUUAUGUUGGUGUUGUGGUGCUGAACUGUGAAUUUUUGUUGAUCGGAUCCCCGUUUCAUCAACCAUGAAUGAAUUACCAGAAGCGCUGAAUUUUGCAGGGCGGCCAAUGCAUUCUGCACAUAUUAUGUCAACCGAUUUACUAUCCAGUGUACAAAAAAUUAAAUCAGAACCAGAUAUUGGAAGUUACUCGUUGCCAUCUUUAACUUCUGCGUUACCACUUCAUAACCACACCGUGGCCCCUGCAUCGAGUUUUAGUCCAAUAAAUGGAGGAAACGGCGCAACUUUUACGGGGAACGGAAACAGUAACACCUCCGUGGAUUCAAUAGAAGAACCUGUUAGGACAGCCAGCACCAGUUCGAGUCAUUCGCCCCAGCCUCAACCAGCGUCUUCUACCACAAACACUUCCAGUACCAAUAGCAACAGUCAGAGCAAACCUCCUUACUCAUAUGUAGCACUGAUAGCAAUGGCUAUUCAAUCGUCCCAUUUAAAACGGGCGACGUUAUCAGAAAUCUAUGCCUACAUCACGGCCAAAUUUCCCUAUUUUGAGCGUAAUAAGAAAGGUUGGCAGAACUCAAUAAGACAUAAUCUCAGCCUCAACGAGUGUUUCGUCAAAGUUCCCCGCGAAGGCGGUGGAGAACGGAAGGGCAACUACUGGACUCUGGAUCCUCAGUACGAAGACAUGUUCGAAAAUGGAAACUAUCGAAGGCGAAGGCGGAUGAAAAGACCAUAUCGAAGUGCCCAACCGUACCCGAAAGCUUUCUUUGGAGAUGCUCUAGGGCAACACGGGUUGCCUUUGGCGCGCAAUAUUUUCACACCACCCUCGUACCCGCCCCCAUAUUCGCGUUACGAUACUGCUACUUGGCUGGGGCAGUCACAGCUGGCUUCGUAUACAAGCUGUAACAGCGCUGGAGGAUACUCCCAGCAAGGCUAUCCGAGCCCUACACCUUUCAGUCCAUGCGGCGUAAGACAAGAAGCUGCCGCAAGAUACCCUCCCUAUUGGCCUCCCGACAGUGAGUACCCCCCCGGCCCCCACAGUUCGCCCCCUGCUGACCCACAGCUCCUGUUACAGUGGUGACUACAGUGAAAGAGGAGCCUAGCAGCCCUACCUACCCUAAGUGCUUCAUUUAAAAAACUACAACCAGUUGCUGAUGUACAUCGCGGCUUUGGAAGAACACAUUUAAGAUUUUUUUAAUUCAAGAACUUUGCUGUUUUGAUAAUUUCCAAAUUUAUUUUUGAAACAACUCCUUAGAAGCACUAAUAUCGUAGAAAUUUAUUUUGUUUAUUUAUAUUCCGUCCAAUUCAAGCAAUUGGAUCUUUCUAAGGAUCCUUGUUUAUAUGUAUUUAUGUAAUUUAAUUAUGUAUGUUUAACAUAAAU